AUGGAGGACGUUGAGAUGGAAGAAAGUAAGCAGAAGCUGGAAAUGGAGGUCGCGCCGGCGCUAAUCGCAGUUCACCCAAACCAGAAUUCAGUAUCCGUUUCCGUCGGGUCGGAUGUUCGGGUCUUCAGUCUCCAAGAUGGGUCGAGAGUUAAAUUAAUCGAUGAUAAUGGGGUGCAUAAAGAUUCGAUUCGGGCCAUUCGGUACAGUAAAAGCGGGAAGCUUUUCGUAUCAGCUGGAGAUGACAAGCUGGUGAAAAUUUGGGAUACUAAUUGUUGGCGUUGUUUUUGUUCUGUGGUUUCAGAGAAGAGAGUGACUUCUGCUGCAAUAAGCAACGAUGAGAUGUUUGUCUGUUUUGCCGACAAGUUUGGUGUCGUUUAUGUCGUUGAUAUUCGCAAUUACGAUUACGAAAAUCCAGCUGUGAUGAAUAAAAAGGCUGUCCCGAUUCUUUCUCAUUAUUGUAGCAUAAUUACGAGAUUGGAAUUUUCUCCAGAUGGGAAAUACAUUGUUACUGCUGAUCGGGACUUCAAAAUACGUGUGACUGUAUUUCCAAAAGAGCCCCUACACGGGGCUCAUGAUAUUCAGAGUUUUUGUCUUGGUCAUACCGAGUUCGUUUCAUGCAUCACAUUUGUCAGUAAUAAGGAUUAUACACAAGGAUUCUUGGUCUCGGGAAGUGGUGAUUCAACUGUUCGAUUAUGGGACUAUACUUCUGGUUCUUUGCUCGAUAUGUGUGAUGUUGGGACCAAGGUAGUUGAGUUAGAUUUGAAUCAAAAAAGUAAAUUUUUUAAAAUGAUUGGAAUUUUUUUGAAAAAAUUGUAUUCAAGCAUCCCCUUAAAGUCUAAUUUGAUAUCGACUAGCCUUUGCCGAAAUUUUUUAACGAAAAACUUGCUGAAAAUUGUUAUUGAUGUCAAAGACGAGGCAUUCAUUCCCACGUGCAUCGGGGCUCCUUCCUCGGCCUCGAUUCUAUGGAUGGUCAUGGGGGCAUCCACUUCACAAAGCAAAGACUCCACGCCUGUUGCCCGAGUGAGGGCAAUAUCGGAUUUUGGCACAAAAAACGGGCCAUUAAUUGUGUUGGGCGAUCAUGAGAUACCGGGUUCCGAGCCCUUGCUUCAAGAACUGCAAGGUAAAAUGUUGAUUGGGGAAGAGGCAUUUUCUACGGCAGCCGAGGCCGUUAAAACGGCCAUGCGUAAUUUGUUGAUUAAAAAACAAUACUCGACCGAGAGGCGCGAGUUGAAAAAGAAAGGAAGAAACGACAAGAAGAAUAAAAUGCGGGCUUAA